GAAGGGGCUGUGAUGUCAGCGGGGAGGCUCGUUUACCUCCCUGACCCGGGCAGAAGGCACUGCGAGGCUGCCGGAGAGGGCGCCCGGGACUGGCGGCGGCCGGAGCUCAGGAUGUCUUCCUGAACUCUGAUUGGCAUUUCUGACAGUUCUUGGACCAUUGAAGUCUUCUCAGCAGAACAUCGACCAGAGAGACGAAGAGCUAAGUCUCGGGGCCUAGAAAAAAAUCAUUGAGCUCCGAGGAAACAGCCCGAGGCAGAUGAUGGCCACUAAGCCGGAGAAGAGGAUGGCCUCCUCCAUCUUCAUCACCCUGACUCCCCCUCGCCGGGACACAGCUGUAGUGGCCGUAGUGGCCGAGGGGAGGCAGGCGGCCACUCCCAGCCGGGCCAGGGAGCCUGCCUCGCCCAAGAAGCCCCCCAGUGACUUUCUCGUGAACAGACGGGACCAGCGGAUCCCCAACGUUCCCACCACCGUCCUGCCGCCACCCGUUCUUCUGCCUAAUGGAGGCUCAACCCUCCCUCCUCCAGCUCCAGAUCCUGAGGACAACUUUCCUGAUCUAGAUCUCCUCCCUCCUCCACCACCCCCUCCAGCCUUCCUGCUCCCACCAGAUGAGGAGGGUCUCGCCCAGGGAACAGAUUCACUCUCGGAAGACCUACAGCAGCUCCAUGUGGUCCCUCCACCUCCCCCUUCACAGGUCCUACCUGAGUCCCGCCAGCUCAAGCCCCGGCCCAAUCACCUCAAGGGGACACAGGAAGAGCUGCCGCCCCCUCCUGAAGAGCCAAACCGCAUCCCGGCCAGGGAGGAGUCUACAGACAUCUGUGCCUUCUGCCACAAGGUAGUGUCCCCCCGGGAGCUGGCUGUGGAGGCCAUGAAGAGACAGUAUCACGCCCAGUGUUUCACGUGCCGGACCUGCCAUCGACAGCUGGCGGGCCAGCGCUUCUACCAGAAGGAUGGACGGCCCCUCUGUGAGUCCUGUUAUCAAGAUACUCUUGAGAAGUGUGGCCGGUGCCAGACAGUGGUCCUAGAACAUGUCAUCCGAGCCCUGGGCCAGACCUUCCACCCAGACUGUUUCACCUGCGUGAUGUGUUCUCGGCGCAUUGGGGACGAGAGCUUUGCCUUGGAUGAGCAGAAUGAAGUUUAUUGUUUGGAUGACUUCUACAGGAAAUUUGCCCCCGUAUGCAGCAUUUGUGAGAAACCAAUCAUCCCCAGAGAUGGAAAGGAUGCAUUCAAAAUCGAAUGCAUGGGACGGAAUUUCCAUGAAAACUGCUACAGAUGUGAGGAUUGCAGAGUCCCGCUGUCUGUUGAGCCCACAGACCAAGGCUGUUACCCGCUGAAUGACCACCUCUUCUGCAAACCAUGUCAUGUCAAGCGCAGUGCGGCAGGAUGUUGCUGAAGGCGCUACAUGGGCACCUGGCCCCAAUCUCAGAGAAAUGAGCAUUCAUGAUGGCUCCUGCCUGGAGGCCCUUCCCAUGUCCUUGACAACCUUAGUUUUUCUUCUUCAUCUACUGUUGCAGAAGCUAUCCUAAGCCCCAGGGAGCUGCCCUUUUGCAGGAAUACCAGAGAGACCUGAAAAGAGUGAUGGGAACUCCCUUCAAUCCUGAAACUUAUGUCUCUAGCUUGAGAAAAAGCAGCAUGGUAUCAAUGAAUCAUCAAUAAAAAUUUGUUAAGCAACUACUAUGUGCCUGGCACUGUGCUAAGCACUGGGGAUACAAAAAGAAGCAAAAGACAGCCCUUGCCCUUGAGGACUUACAAUCUAAUUGGAAGAACCCUGGCUUAGGAGACGAGACUUGGCUUCAAGAUCCGGCUCUGCCACUUAGCUGUGUGAUUAUGGAUAAAACCCUUCAUCUCUCUGGUCCUUAGUUCCCUCAUCUGUAAAAUGAAGGGUUGUGACCAGAUUCUAUCUAAGACCCUCCUGAGUCUAAAAAGAAAUCCUCUGAUCUUUCCUUUUCCCUCAGGGUGAUGCUGCUCAAGGCAAGAGAAGGAUCACCAUAUAUUCACAUUCCCUGCAUAUUAUCUGUUGUUUUAUGGCUCUUACCCUGAAGUGAGGGAUCUUUUCUCCUUGAGAGUUUGGUCAUCUCAAUCUAUUAGGGAAGGAAAGAAAAAAAAAUGAAAGGAGGGAGGAAAGAAUAGGGGAAGGAAGAAAAGAAAGGAAGGAGGGAGGGAGAGAAGGAAAGAAGGAAGGAAAAAAGAAAAAGAAAGAAAGGAGGGAUAAAGGGAGGGAGGAAGAAAGAAAAAGAAAGGGAAAAGGAAGGAAAAGGGGAGGGAGAGAAGGAAGGAGAGAGGGAAAGAAAAAGGGAGAAAGGAAGAAAAGGAGAGAAGGAGGGAAGAAAGGAAGGAAAGAGAGAGGGAAAGAAAAAGGAGGGAGGAAAGAAGGAAAGGAGAGAGGAAGAGAAGGAAGAAAGAAGGGAAGGAAAGAAAAAGGGAGGAAAAGAAAAAGAGGGAGGGAGAAAGGGAAGGAAGGAAAGAAAGGAAGGAAGAAAAGAGGGAGGGAAAGAAAAAGGAGGGAGGGAGGAAGGGAAGGAAUAAGAAAAAGGGAGGAAAGAAGGAAGGGAAAAAAGGAAGGAAAAAAUGAGAGGAAGAAGGAAAAAGGGAAAGAAGGAGGGAAAGAAACGACUUAUUAAGGGCACAGAGUAAAGAUCUAGCGGUCAGGAGACCUGGAUUUGAAUUUUGCUUUUGUUUAACUUGCCACAUUACCUUACACAAGCCUUUUAUUUGUCCGGUGCUCAUCUUCUUCCUGCACAAAAUGAGAAUGGACCAGAAGCAAUAGUCCAUGCUCUCACAACUCCGAAAAGCCCCUGGUUUAUGUUGUCAUGGCUGGCCAGCCUGAGCAAUAGUCUGAUUUCCCCUGGGGAAGCUCCCUUGUCUUUGCCAGAUACCACUGGACAGAGAAAGGAAAUUUGCUGGUGAGUAGGAGCCAGGAAAGUCAGAGGACCUGGAUUUGUUUACAGGGAACUGCAGUGGGGCAAGGACCACCCUAUACACAAGGCCUGUGACGGAGCUAAUGUCCUCUUGCUCCCCCACAAGCCAGCCCUUCCGGGCCUCCUGGAGGAAAGACUUCAGGGGCUGGGUGUACGACGGUCCCACUCAUGAGUCCCCUCCUGUUUCUUCCUGCAUUGUGGAUCCUUUUCUUCUCCCCUUCGAUCCCAACAUUCCUCUGAGAACUUCCUGAGAGACAGAUCAUCAUUCAAGCCUGAGCUGUUUAAGCUCCCUCCUGGUCUUCAGCCCUUACAUGGAUUCCUUCCCUAGAGGCUGGAGAUUUUUCUCACUCCUAGGAAAUUUAUUAUUGGGAAAACUUUUACCAUCAGGAAAGAUCCCUUUAGCCUUGGAACUCCACCUCAUACCUACAUCUCCUCCCAUUGAAAGGUAGGGCCACGAGCUCCAAACACUGCCCAUACUUUACCUAGCCCUUCAACCUUUUUUCCAACUUGUUUUUUUCCAUUGUCUCUCCCUAGAUAGUUUAAGUAUCUCCUUGAGGGCAGGGAUGUUAUUUUUGCCUUUCUUUGUAUCCCCAGAUUUAGCACAGUGCCUGGUACAUAGUAGAUCUUAAUGUUUACUGACUGAUAAGACUGGGUUAUGGCGAGCUCCACUUUGAAUCCCUAACAUUGACAUUUUAAAUGUCCUAGACAAUGAACAAAACUUGGCCUAGAAAUACAAGUUUGAGAGUCAGAGGCAUCUAAGAAAAUGAAAAUAAUUCUCAAAAUACCUAUGACUUACUUCAGUAUAAUUCAGUGUAAUGUUCUUUAAUUCGGUUUUCCUGGGGUUUGGGGGGCAGCCUUCAUUUCAGUUCAGUAAGUACCACAAGAGUAGCCAGGGGUUAAAGUCCAAAUCCUUUUAUUAUCUCCUUCAAAGUCUUGUCUUUUUUCUUGGGGCCCCAUUAGCUUUCUUAAUGGUCUUCCAGAAUCUUGGUUUCAGUGGAGAAAUGCAGGAGGAGAGCCUACCACCACGGUGGUGUGGGAUGGAGUGAAUGAAUCUGAGUCCAGGGGCUUGUGCUUCAGCCUCCAGUCUGCUUGUGUUCCCUGCCUCUGAAUCUGAGCUCUCUCAGUCCCCCAGGAGAGCCACCAGGAGCCUGACUGAAGUGGAAAUGAAUCUGUCUCCUUGGCUCCGAGAGCUUCUUAUAUGCUCUACCCUGAAUAUAAACCAAUCAUUAUAUCACUAGGAAACCAUUAUUUGUUGUAAGACUAAAUCAAUCACACUGAACCUGGAGAGCUAUUAAGGACCAUGCUAAACUAGAUAACCAUUAUCUCAUCAAUUCCACUUAGUACCUUGUAAGAAUUUCAAGUUCAGAGUUCUGGCCCAUAACAAUUCAGGAUUAUACUGAAUUCAGAAUCAUUAACUUCAGUUCACCAACAUUUGUUACCUGUGUGACCUUGGGCACAACAUCUCAUUUCCCUUUCCUCUUUAGAAUUAGAGAGUUGAAUCUGAUGGCCUCAGAUGUGCCUUCCCCUUCCAAAUCUAUGAUCCUAUGUGCCAGGCAUUUCGACUGGGUCUGGGUGAUAUAAAGGCAAAAAAAAAAAAAAAAAAAAAAAAAGGGACCGACUUCCUACCCUCAGGGACCUUACUUUCCCUCCAUACGGUCUCACUCUGCCAUCUCUAUCCUUGUCUUUCCAUCAAGGCUCCACAAAGGACCCCACAAAGGGUCUGUCCAGUUGGCUGGAGGUGUCCCUUUUGGUCACUGCUCACUUCUCAGGUUUCAGGGCCACAUUUGGAGCUGUCUGCCAUUCUUCGGCCUCACUGCUGUAACCACUGCUUCCUGACUCCAUGGCUGGCCCGGUCCUUACAAUGUGAACAAGGCAACCUUGGGAUUUCCUCCAGAGGGACUAUUUUCCCCCUGCCACAAGGAAGAUGCUCUAUCCAAAUACUGAUAAUGGCAUGGUCUGACCUGCUGUUGCUUUUCAAAGGAAGUGCAUUGGGCUCUGGAGAGAAUCUGGACAGUUCGGAUAGACCCAGGACAUCUCCCCUGUACAGCUCAGUCUCUCAGCCCUGCCCCUUAUUGCCCUUUUAUCUGGGAUUUCUAGGUACUCCCCAGGAAAAUAUCAUAUUCCAAAGGAUGAUUGUGACAAUGUACUUAAAAUGCUAUCCAAAAGUCAGUGAUUAUGAUUGUGACUAUGGUUAUUAUUAUUAUUGUUAGAAGCCCAUGGGUCCAGUGAAUUUGCCAUAUGCUAGAAAACUAGGGAGCCUCAGUGCUGGUUUUUGCCCAGGCCUUCUGCCAAUUUUGCCUCUCCUGGGGCAGCAAUGUGUAACAGGGAGGCUGCACACUGGGCCUGGAUCGUACCAUACAGAGCAAAUAGCACCUGGUUCAGAUUCUCUUUGGUGAUUAGUCAGUUAACAAUGCUCAUUAAGACGCACAGUGUGCCAGGCACUGUGCUGAGUGCUGGGGAUGCAAAGGCAAAAAACCUGAUCACUGCCCUCAAAGAGCUCAUAUUCUGUAGGGGAGUAGGGAGGAGGGACACCAAUGUCGCAAAUAAAUAUGAAUUCUCGGUUUCCUCAUCAGUAAAAUGUAAGGAACUGAGGGCUCCAGCAAUUCUAAAUCUUUUCUGUGAUGCUUUGAGCCUCCCUCCACCAGUUGCCAGAACUGCAAUUGCCCCCCCACCCUCCAUUCUGAAACCCAUGUCUAAGCAUUCAUCCAUUGGACAAAAUUAUAGUGACUUGUGUCUCCUUUGCAAAGCCCCAUCCUGGACACUGAGGGAGCUACAAAACCAGUCUAGUAGGGGUGGCGGUGGGAUUAAAAUGUAAAAUCACAUAGCUCUGUUACCUGACUACCCAAUAAACCCAUCAGAGAGGACUAGACCAAAGUGAGGUCCAAAGAACACCAUUUGCUCUCAAAGAAAGGAGGCUUUCUGGAGGAUGUUGCGUUUGAAUUAGGCUUUCAAGGAUGAGCAGGAACUGAACAAACCAAAAGCAGAUGACCUUGACCCAACCUGCAAAAGUGUCCAGUUUGGCUAGAGAGAAACAGGGCUGAAGGGGAGGGCCUUGAAUACAAGGCACAGGAGUUUGAAUUUUAUCCAGUCAGUGAUAAAGAGAUACUGAAGACUUGAGAAGAGCCUUAAGAAACCCUUCUAUAGUCCUUCUGAUCUUGGAAGGCAGCCUGGUGGAAAUGCCUUUGGCCCCACAGAGUAUGAUUUAUUCAUUUGCUUCCAGCUUGCUAUUUGUGUCUCUGUAAGAAUCCCAAGUGACCUUUCUGCCCCAGAAAUCCCAACCCUAAGGCAGAACCUUCCUUCCUCUCUUAGAAAGUCGCUGUUUCUAGGGGACUUCCAGCCAGUGCUGGUGUGGAAUCAGUUCAAUGUGGGCUGGCUGUUUUUCAUUUUGCUUUUGGUUUUAAAUAAAGUGGACUUUCCCUUUUUGGAACGUGUUCCCCAGUAUCACAUGCUCUGGCCAGAGAACCCAGUAAAGAUGACUUGGAUUCUCAGUGCCUGUGAAGUGUCUCCUUUCAAUCCUAAAUUCUGGAUCUGGGGAGUAAGCCUCAGGAAGGCAGUUGGGCCAGCUCACUUCAAAGAAGACCCUAAAAAUAUGGUGAGUGUGUGUGCAUUUUGGUGGUGGAUGGGUUGAGUUGGAAAGCUUGCUUCAAUUGGUUUGAGUCCCAGCUGAAACCCCAUCUUCUAGGAGUCUUUCAGAUCUUCCCCGCCCCAAAUGCCUGAAGCCUUCCCUCUAAUUGACUUUUUUGGUUUGCCGCAUUUUAGAGUGAGCUCCCUGAGGGCAAGGAUUGAUUUUGUUUUUGUUUUCUUUUACAAUUCUUAAUAUCGCUUCUUCCUCAUUGUUUAGUACAAAGUAGGUGCUUAAUAAAUGCUGACUUUAAGAAACAA